UCCUCUCUCUCUCUUCGAAGAAAGAAAAAAAAAAAAAAAAACAUAUCACAACAGAACGAGAAGCGAAUUAAGGAGUGGAGUGUGUGUUUGUUGGUGAAGAAAAGUAAAGCAUGAAGAUUGUUCGCAGAGACCUAGUUCCUCACGGUCCUGGUAGCGUUAAGAUGGUACCAGUGGAUGCCGAUGAUUUAUGGUUUGUUUAUAAUCUCAUAUCCCCUGGAGAUUCUGUCAUGGCUGUCACUGUCAGGAAAGUUCUUAGACAAGCGGCUACUGGAGGAAGAGAUGCAGAACGUAUGAAAUUGAAGUUGGAAAUAAAAGUUGAGGAGGUUGCAGAUUAUGACUCAGUAGGGUCUGUUUUGCGCAUACGUGGGAAAAACGUUCUAGAGAAUGAGCAUGUAAAGAUUGGGGCAUUCCAUACUUUAGAACUUGAGCUGCAUCGACCUUUUGUGUUACGAAAGGAUGUUUGGGACUCAUUGGCAUUAGAUGCACUUCAUCAGGCCUCUGACCCUUCUGCAAGUGCUGAUUUAGCUGUGGUUUUAAUGCAAGAAGGAUUAGCACAUGUCUUACUUGUUGGUAAAAGUGUCACAAUUACUCGUUCACGGAUAGAAACUUCAAUUCCUCGGAAACAUGGACCUGCUAUUGCUGGUUAUGAGUCGGCUCUGAAUAAGUUCUUUGAGAAUGUGUUACAGGCUUUCUUGAAGCAUGUUGAUUUUGAUGUUGUCCGCUGUGCUGUGAUUGCAAGUCCUGGUUUCACAAAGGAUCAGUUUCAUCGUCACUUAUUGUUGGAGGCAGAAAGAAGACAGCUGAGACCUAUUAUCGAGAACAAGUCACGGAUAGUUCUUGUGCAUACAACAUCAGGAUACAAGCAUAGUUUGAGAGAGGUUUUGGAUGCCCCAAAUGUCAUGAAUAUGAUAAAAGAUACUAAAGCAGCACAAGAGAUUCGAGCUCUCAAGGAUUUUUUCGACAUGCUUUCAAAUGAUCCUUCUCGUGCUUGCUAUGGACCAAAGCACGUUGAGGUUGCCCAUGAACGAUUGGCUAUCCAAACACUUCUCCUUACAGAUGAACUUUUCAGGAAUUCUGAUGUAGCAACAAGGAAAAAAUAUGCCAAUUUGGUUGAUUCAGUGAAGGAUUCAGGGGGCACUGUUCAUAUUUUUUCAUCUUUGCAUGUCUCAGGAGAACAACUGGCGACGAUAACUGGCAUUGCAGCAAUCCUUCGCUUCCCACUGCCCGACCUUGAAGACAUAGAGAUGUGAUUGGAACAUUUUGUGGGUCAGAAAUCCGCAAUUUGUUCUCUCUCUGUCCAAUGGCACCAACAUGUUGUAUAUUACAAUUUUUUUUUUCUUUUGGAUUUUUGUCAUGUAAUACAACAAUAAACUGCAAUAUGUGCUUGGAGGUUCGAGGAUGUCUCUUCAUGUGGGUAGAUAGAUUGGUUAAUUAUACAUUCGAAAUUGUAUCAUAGAACAAGCAAUGCUCACUUGAUUUCCCCUCUUCCAACCUUAUUAAGAUAUUAUUUGUACUGAUAGUGGCAUUGCCUGUCUUAUAUGGUCUGUUAGAGACCGUUGUCAGUUGGUGACCUCCUUAUUGUAACAUAUUUCUUUUACUUCAGUGAAUAAAUAUACUUUUUAUAGUCCAA